GUGGGAGGGCUGCGGGACACAACUUCGCCGGACGCUCACGGAGCGCGGCGGGCGGGCCUGGGGGCGGGCCCGGCGCAGGUGCGCGGCGGGGCGGGGUGUCGCUCUCGGCUCCGCCCACGCCGGCGGGGCGGGGUGUCGCUCUCGGCUCCGCCCACGCCGGCGGGGCGGGGUGCCGCUCCGCUCCGCCCCCGCCCCGCCCCCGCCGUCACAGCCCGGGUCGGGGCGGCGUCGACACCCGCGGAAGCGCGCGGCUGUGGGAAGGCUCACCCGAGCGGCGGCGGCUCGCGGACGGCUGGGGACCGCCAGGUAUCGCUGUCGCCCGUGGGGUCCACAACACCAUCUGGUGGGCGAGGGACGCCAGGGAAGGGCUGCCGUCCACGCGGAUGGGCAGCAGCUCGCUGUCGGAGGACUACCGCCUGUGCCUGGAGCGCGAGCUGCGGCGGGGCCGCGCGGGCGUGUGCGGGGACCCUUCGCUGCGCGCGGUGCUCUGGCAGAUCCUGGUGGAGGACUUCGACCUGCAUGGGGCGCUUCAGGACGACGCGCUGGCGCUGCUCACCGACGGCCUGUGGGGCCGCGCCGACCUGGCGCCCGCGCUCCGCGGCCUUGCCCGGGCCUUCGAGCUGCUGGAGCUGGCAGCCGUGCACCUGUACCUGCUGCCCUGGAGAAAGGAGUUCACCACCAUCAAGACCUUCUCGGGGGGCUACGUGCACGUGCUGAAGGGCGUGCUCUCCGAGGAGCUCCUCAUCCAGAGCUUCCAGAAGAUGGGCUACGUGCGCAGGGACAGCCACCGCCUGAUGGUGACCGCCCUGCCUCCUGCCUGCCAACUGGUGCAGGUGGCCCUGGGCUGCUUCGCCCUUCGGCUGGAGUGUGAGAUCCUAGGCGAGGUGCUGACCCAGCUGGGCACCAGUGUGCUGCCAGCAGAAGAGCUGCUGAGGGCCCGGCGGGCCAGUGGGGACGUAGCCUCCUGUGUGGCUUGGUUGCAGCAGCGGCUGGCCCAGGACGAGGAGCCACCACCUCUGCCUCCCCGGGGCACCUCUGCUGCGUAUAGGGCCCCACUGGACCUGUACCGGGACCUGCAGGAGGACGAGGGCUCAGAGGAGGCCAGCCUCUACGGGGAGCCCUCACCAGGUGCAGACUCGCCCCCUGUGGAACUGGCCUACAGGCCACCGCUCUGGGAGCAGAGUGCCAAACUGUGGGGUACUGCGGGUGGGGCCUGGGAGCCUCCUGCAGAGGAGCUGCCUGGGGCCAGCAGCCCACCCUAUGGGGCCCUGGAGGAGGAGCUGGAGCCUGAGCCCUCUGCCUUCUCCUUCUUCUCACUGCAUGGUGAGCUGACUCGGCCUGGGGACUUGGCUGCUCCUGAAGGCCCUGGGAGUCCAGGGCGGGCCAGCCCCAGGCGUGUGCGGGCAGAGGGGGUGUCAGCCUCAGCCUAUGGGCCUGUCCCUGAGCCCCUGGGCUACCAGGCACACAGCUGUCUAGCCCCUGGUGCCCUGCCUACCCUUUGCUGUGACACUUGCCACCAAUUACAUGCUGCCCACUGCACUGCCCUAUCAGCCUGCCGCCCCAGUCACUCACUACGGGCACUGCUCAGCGAUGCCCAGAGGCGCCUGUGGCUGCAGCGUGCACAGGUGGACACCCUGCUCUAUAGCAGCCCUGGGGCCCACCCUUAACCCCACUGGCCCAGCUCGAGGGUUUUCAGAGGUUUCCAUGGUGCUGCUCUCGAGGAGGGGCCAAAGCCACUGACUCCUGGCCUUCCUAUCCCUGGAGGAGUCCAGGGAGGUGGGGGUAGAGCCUUCCAUGGAAAGCUCCUGCCUGGGACCAGUGUCAGGCCUGAGGCCUAGCUAGUAGUAAGCCUUGAGCUGGACUGACAUACCUGCCAAUGUGUCCCUGUCCUCCAAGCCCAGACCCAUGCCCAGUGUGGUGAGUGAAGGGUCCCUGUCAACAGUGCCCAAACCCAUCCCCUUUAAAAGCCCCUCACCUGCUGGCUGGCCCACAGCUCCUGGCCCAUUCCCUGCAGCCUGUGGUUCAGGACAGCAGGUUGCCCACCCUCCAUGUGGCUUCCUCAGGGUCUGCAAGGGACACCGUGAAGGUCCCCAGAUGCACUUGAGUCAGUCUGGGAAGCAGCCAGGUGCAUGUCACCCUGGCUGUGGGGCCUUGGCCUGCCCAUGGGGUCACAGCCAGGAGGUGCUGCUGGUGGAACCCAGGCAGCUAUGCCACUUCCACCCUGUGGAGAAUGCAAGUCUCAGCAACCAGCACCCCUGCUGCCUCCCAGCAGAAGAGGGGGCAAGUCCUGCAGGCUGACCAUCAGACUGCUAUGUCCACGGUGGCUCUGUGCAGCUGUUGCAGAUGCCAGAGGAGAAAUCACAGCCUGCUUUCCCUGGGGGCAACCUCAGGCUCCUUAGACCAGGGUCCCCAGGACUGCCAGUCCACCCAGGGAUGGGGAAGUGCAGCCUGCCCUGGCCCACCUUCAGGGGACAGGUCAGCAACCUCUGUAUCCCCAUCCCACCCUUCCUCCCCAGUGCACUCAGAGGACACUGUCCAUGUCACGCAAAUAAGAACCCCACAGUGCAUUAAACAAUGGUGAAACCAGGUGUGUUAGAAAAGUUUUUCUCUUUACUCUUAGGAUGGGAGCCAACUGCUUCUCUCCUUGGGAGUUUCAAGGGUACCCCUUCUCAUGGCCCCCACCUUACACCUGGCCCCUCCUUCCCAGCCUUGCCAAGGGUCACCACAGCCUCUCUGAGCCCCGGGCAGCCCCUGUGACCAAGAGGCAACAGCAUAGCAGUCUUCAGGGGCCAGCACCCAACCCCAGUUCCAAGACCCCACUAAUUUGUACCAGCUGAGAUUUCAGCACCAGUGUGUCCUCCUCAGGAGUUUCUGCCAGAGAAGACCCUGUGCAGCCACCAGGUGUUGCCUCAAUAGCCCAGCCCACCUGGGUUCACAAUUUGGAGCCCCCGCCCCUACAGCACCCCAUGUCCAUACCCUGUCUGGUUCUGGGCACAGAGAAACAGCAGGUGGAGUCAACUGCAGCAACAGGAUGGUCGAGGGUAGGCGUGGGGCCAAGCCGUAUCCCCUGACUUCCCAGGAGGCACAGCCUGGUUUGUAGGGCAUUCCCAGUUCGUGGCUGGCCUGGUCAUUUGGCGCGGGCACGCGUGCAUGUGGGCUGACCUCAGGGCUUGCACCGCUUGCUCUGGCCCUCAGCAGUGGCCGGGGCAGUUCGCUUAUUACGGUGGUGGGGGAAGGUGGGCAUGAGCUCCGGCUCGCAGGCUACAGAGAGGAGCAGUUCAGUGCUGGGCCACAGGGAGCGUGGCUUCCCAGCAGAGCAGGUCCUCACCUACCCAGGGGUGUCUACAUCCUGCCUGCCUGGGGGUCCACCCACCAUGAAAAAGGGCCACUAGGCAAGCAAGCCCCCAGAGAAGAGAGCUCCAGGGGUCUAGGAACUUACGUAGGGGUUUCUCCUUGAAGUAGGAGCUCUCCAGGCAGUCUCCUGCAGUUGCCCUGCAGAAAAGCAGCCCAUUAAUGGGAUGCUGGCCUCAAAAAAGGUCUGUUUCCCUCACACCCCAGCUCAAAUCAGCAGACCCUGUUUCAAACUUCUAAUAGCAGGGCUGAUGGUAAAGAGGCCCAGAAACCAAGAGGAAUCUCAGAGUUAGUUUACAACCAGGGGAAGCAGAAACAACCCAACCUGGGCAUCUUGGCAGCAAUGCCGCCUACGUUAAGAGAACUUCAAGGGCUCUGCGAGCUGGGGUGGGGUAGAGCACUUGCCCAACCUGCACAAGGCUCCAGGUUCAGACCCAGCACCAUGAGAACAAAUAAAUGAUGUGGGUUUGAGGCCUUCCACCUUUGUAGAGAUCAGGGUCUUCCCAUCCCAAAGAGCUGACUCAGUACUGCCCACAGGCGGGAUCUGACCUUUUCUUGGGGUCAUACAUGAAGAGGAAAUUCAGUAGGCGUAGUCCAGCCUCAG